AUGGCACCAUUCAGAGAGGUUGCCCUCCCUCUUGGCUUCACUAUUCUUGUCACCGGAGUCAAUGGCUACGUAGGCUCUCACGUAGCUGAUCGUCUGCUUGACUCUGGUUACAAGGUUCGCGGAACUGUGAGAGACAUGCAGAAGCAUGGUUGGCUAGUGGAGCUGUUCAACAAAAGAUAUGGACAGGGAAGAUUCGAGUUGAUGCAAGUCGAGGACAUGGCUAGACCAUCUGCUUUCGACAGCGCAUUGGAAGGUGUUACUGGAGUCGCUCAUGUAGCCGCGCACGUCUCAAUGACAAACGAUCCACAAGGUGUGAUAAACGCCAACGUUGGAGGCACUCUAAACGUUCUACAAGCUGCGGCCAAGGAACCCAGUGUACUUCGUUUCGUGCUCACAUCCGCCGCGUUGGCCGUUCGACAAAUCGAGGAAAUCGAAGGACCUGGAGCUGGAGUAAUGACAGCUAACGAGUACAACGAGACUGCGAUAAAGUUAGCGCGAUCAAUGCCCGAUUCGCUCCCAGAAGUGAAAAAGGGUAUGAUUGUAUACGCAGCAGCUAAGGCCAUGACAGAAAAGGCACUGUGGGAUUGGGUCGAGCAGAAUAAGCCAUGUCUCGUGGUCAACUCAGUUAUUCCGCCUGGCAUAUUCGGACAGCCAAUAUCUGUACAGUACCAAGGUUACCCGUCCUCCGCAGGGGGCCUGGUAAAGUACUUCGAAGGCAAACCUGGACUUAUGGAUUACUUGCACCACUCAUAUUACACAAGCGUCGAAGAUGUCGCACGACUACACGUUGCCGGCUUGAUUCUUCCAAGAGUAGAGAGCCAACGCAUUUUUGCAAUCGGCGGAGUAUACACCAUAAACGACCUCCAUGCAAUUUUCAGAGAAACUUGUCCGGAUCGCAGUUUUCCCAAUGAUAUACCUGGUUUGGACCACGACCUUGCCUUGAUUGGGCCGAGGGAUGAGGCAGAGACGUUGCUAAAGGAUAUGGGUAGAUCGGGAUUUGAUGGGCUGGAAAAGACUGUUAGGGAUACUAUCAAAGACCUGGUCUCUCCACAUGAAUAG